AAGAAAACAAUUUAUUAGGCGAAAGUACAGUCUUCCCGCCUUUAUAUUAACCGCUACAGACCAGAACUUCCUCAUAGUAACAGCCGAGCAAGAAACAAAUUCAAUUCGCCAUCAAUGAACAACAUCGAGCACAGAACCAUCUUCACCAAUGGCAUAAAUAUGCACGUCGCUUCCAUCGGCGCUGCAACUGCAGGCCCCGCCAUUCUCUUCCUCCAUGGCUUCCCUGAGUUCUGGUACUCAUGGCGCCACCAGCUCCGUUUCUUCUCCAACCUUGGCUACCGCGUCUUCGCUCCCGACCUCCGUGGCUAUGGUGACUCCGAUUCCCCCAUAUUCUUUGCCUCCUACACCAUCUUCCACAUCGUCGGUGACCUCCUCGGCCUUCUCGACUAUUUCACCAUCGAUCGUGUUUUCUUGGUUGGCCACGAUUGGGGGGCUGCUAUCGCCUGGGCUUUCGCUCUGUUCCGCCCUGAACGAAUCAAGGCUCUUGUUGCUUUGAGCGUCCCUUUCACUCCGAGAGAUCCAGCUAGAAAUUCCGUUGAGUUCUUGAGGGAUCAGUUUGGUAAUGAUUUCUAUGUUUGCAGAUUCCAGGAACCUGAUAUGGUAGAAGAAUUUCGUUCCAUGGAUCCUGCAGAUAUAUUCAAGAUUAUCUUUUCAAUUCAUGAUCCGAGGCCUCCAAUGAUACCAAGAGACACAGGACUUGUAGGGUUCCCUGUUCCAGACACCCUUCCCACCUGGUUGACUGAAGAAGAUUUAUCUCACUAUGCUACCAAGUUUGCCAACAAUGGCUUUUAUGGUGGAUUGAACUACUAUCGUGUUCUCAAGCUAAACUGGGAGCUGACAGCGCCGUGGACAAGGUCGAUGGUGAGAGUACCGGCGAAGUUUAUGAUAGGGAAAAUGGACCCAACGUACCAUAUCCCAGGGGUGAUAGAGUACAUACAGAAGGGUGGAUUCAAAAGAGACGUGCCGCUGCUGGACACGGUGGUGGAGAUUGAAGGAGCUGCUCAUUUUUUGAACCAAGAAAGGCCUCACCAAAUCAACCAACACAUCCAUGAUUUUAUCAAGAGGUUUUGACCCCUUUUAUUUACCUUUGCCUUUGUUAACUAACCAUCUUGUUCUUCUGCUGCAAACCUCAAUUGCUAUACCAUCUUAUCAAGACGCAACCCUCUUUACCUUCUUAAGAUUUAGAUUCUAAU